CAGUAGGGUUUCUUCAUGUGGGGUACUGAUAUAGCCAGGGCAGUCGUAGUAUUUAAAGCGUUCGAAACGUUCGAAACGUUCGGAACGUUUGAAAUUUAUAUCUUUCACAUUCAUCAUCGGCAAUCAUCAAAACAACAUUAUGGAAUCAACAUCCUCCAAACGCUACCAAAUCUGUAAAUGCCUUGAGCACUCAAACAAAUUUGUUAAUGCCCCAAGUCGUGAUAUAGAAAUUCAAAUUGGUAGUUGUGGCAGACACUGCCCAUUCUGCGAUGCCGAAUUCUCUAGGGCCUCAAACCUACGUGUGCAUAUCAAAGUGUGCAAGAAUUGCACGAAUGUCACUGUUAAACUUGAAAACAAAGGUGGAAUUGUUUUGUAAGUAAAAGAUAAAUUCCUUAUAUAUUUUGUUUACUUAUAAAUCUUCUAGACAUCACUCAUGGAAAAACAUUGAAUCCAAACCUUUAUACGGUUUAUCUUUACAAAAUUCCAGCAAACACUCAGAUAUACAAACGAAUACUUUCCUAACGCAACCCUCAACGUUCCUUCCACCGAAACCCAACCGAAUUUUAUGGAUUCCGAUUAAUCCUGUACAUGAACAAAUCUCGAUGGCUCCGACUCUAGCAAUUCUAUUUCAGCCUACAAAUUCAGAACUUGAACAAGACUUUCCAUGGUUCAAUAGACGAGAUGCCACUCAAAUUUCUGAGAAACUUGGUCCUGCUUUCAUUGAAGAUGUCGGAAAAAACGAGCGACCUAUUAUACAUCAGAAUAUUGUUACUAUGCAGAUCUUCAAACAUAACACUCAUUCCGAUGUUGAUUUUUGGUCAUGGAAAGAUUUUCAAGAAGUUAUCUAUCGUAAUGAAAUCACCAAAAUUUUGUUUAAUCAGCUACGCCAACCUCAAAAUAUACUCAUCCUCCUGCAUUGGACAUUCGACGAAUCCAUCAACGAAAUUGACUUUCACAAAAUUUUUAAUAUUCUCCAGAAAGUUCCAGCUUCAUAUGGUAUUCCCCUACAAUGCUUUCCGAAUUAUACCGAAGUCUUAAAUACUAGAGCAAAAGUUGGAGAUAUACGAGCUCUCGAUUCUAUUCCAUCCAGCUACCGGCCCAAAACGUGCUAUCCUGGUCAUUUUUGUAUCUUGCAGGAUCAUAAAGAAACUAUUCACAAACGUACAAAUAGUUGUGGAGCAGAACAUGUUUUGAAAAAUCAAAAAUCAACGAAAAGGUUUAUCUUGUAUUUUGGAUAAUGCACAACAGAAAAAAUUAAAACCUCAAUCACAAGAUGACAAUCUCUGGUUUCAUCAAGAACAUAUUUCAACAUUUAAAAGCUUUGGCGAAUUCCGAGUUUUUAUUGUUGCCCAUCCGAGUUCUACUGAUGUUCGUGGUCGAGAAGGAAAGAUUGUCAAAAUCAUCCAUACCUCUUGGUCCAAUCAAGAUCAUAAAAUCAUUUAUGCAACAUCGGUCGAUUCAUAUCUGUUCAAGAAGCCAGAGUGCACCCCUCUCACCGAGGAAGAUCUUGCUACAUUCUGUUUGGAUAUAUAUAAAAACCUACGGUUGCGUUACGAUUGGAAGGAAAAUUUUGAAUCACUCGAGAUUGGCGUUCGUCUUGAUAUUGGCAUUUCUCAUACAAAGUGCUUUUUUGUCAAUGAAAUUACCCGUUGGUGGCAAGCAGAUUUUUUUUCUGAAGAUACUCUCCCAUAUCCCAAAUUUUCUCUUUGUGAGGAGUAUGCAAAGGCUAUGGGACGGUAUUUUUGUUAUACUCGCUGAACACAAUCCUUUGUCUUCCUUGAUCUUGUAAAGAGUUCUACAGUACGACACUCUUGAUGGGAGCUACCAAUUUUUAUCUGCAAUCUUCUUCUUUCAGUAUCGCUAUUGAUUUGAUAGCACCUACAAAAUUCUUCUCCUCAUCAGAUAAUAAUUGUCACAAAGCAUGUAUUUCGCAAUCUUUUUCCUACUAUCAUUUUACGCAAGGUCUUUUUUUCGAAAUUUCCUUUUUUAUUCCUCCCUCAAUGCUGCAAUCAACUUUCAUUCUUUAGAAUUGUUAAUAU